CGGUCAUACUGCUUUAAAAUCAAGCCGAAAACAAGAAACGGGAAAGGAAAUUGCAAAUAGAUUGAUUUUAGAAUUUAAAGCUCACAUUUAACAGAUUGCUAAUAUGACGGACGAUUGGCAAAGUCAAAAGUUUCGGCAGAACGUCAUCUCCAAAAUCCACGACUUGUUGCCACCAAAUGCGCAAGAUCAAUCAAAGAAUGCCGGUGUUAUGGAGAAUCACAUAUUCCGGAAGUCCCGGACAAAGGACGAAUAUUUGGGUUUAGUGGCCAAGCUAUUUAUGCAUUAUAAGGACAUGUCCAGGAAGUCCCAGCAGCAACAGCAACAACAACAGCAGGGUGGCCCGCCCCCAAAUGCUGAAAUGGGCGGCGGACAGCCUAUGAUGCAGGAUCCACUAAACGCUUUGCAAAACCUCGCUAGCCAAGGCAAUCGCAACCCCCAGAUGAUGCCGAUGGGCGCCGGAGGAGCUCCUGUCACCGGCGGUCCGGGAACAGCUUCCAAUUUGCUGCAGUCUCUUAACCAACAGCGACCUGGGCAGCAGCAAAUGCAGCCCAUGCCCAAUAUCCGAGGUCAGAUGCCCAUGGGCGCUGGUGGUGGUGGUGGAGCCCAGCAAAUGAUGCAAAUGCAGCAGGGAAAUGCCCCAGGAGUGAUGAACGUGAUGGGAGCUGGCGGCACUCAGAAUCAAGGACAGAUCGUCGGUAAUCCAGGGCAACAGAUGGGUGUGGGAAUGCCUAACCAAAUGGUAGGCCCUGGGCCAAACAGUGGACCCGCUGUCGUCGGAGCCGGCGGGGCAAAUAAUGCCCCAGGAGCGACUGGCCCUGUACCGAACCAAAUGCAGGGCGGCCCUAUGAAUGUAAAUGCCAUGCAACAGAUGCCACCCAUGCAGCAGAUACAGCAGAACCAAAUGGGGAUGGGCAUGAAUCCGAUGAUGAGAAUGGGCCAAGGCAACGGAAUGGGUGGACCUCAGGGAAUGCCCGGCCAGGGCAUGCAGGGUAUGACGCAAGGUCCUCACAAUGUUGUUGGCGGGCCGGCGGGUCAGCAGCAAGUGGGCGGCGCAGGUCUACCGCCCAAUGCGGUGCAACAAAGCGGUAUAAACACCAUGGGUGGCAUGGGCGUGAACAUGCCACCGAACCUGCAGCAAAAGCCUAACAUGCCAAUGGGUCAGUCUAAUCAAAUGUUCCCCGGAAAUAGAGGUGUGGGGGUCGGAGGACAGCAGCCAGGACAGCCCUUCAUGCGAUCCAGCCCCUCGCCCGCUGACGCUCAGCAGCUUCAGCAGCAGGCUCAGCUCCAACAAAUGCAGCAACAGCAGCAGCAGCUGGUUGUGGGCAAUCAGACGCCCACGCAACAACCUCCGACUCCGCAGAUGCCCACGCCAAUGAUUCCAAGUCCGGCACUUGUUCCACAAUCAAGUCCGCAGAUGAUGCAGAUGCAAAAUCCGCAGCGCAACAUUCGACAACAGUCGCCGAGUGCCUCGAUCAACACACCUGGUCAAGUCACUGCAAACAGUCCAUUUAAUCCCCAGGAGGAAGCAUUGUACCGCGAGAAGUAUAAGCAGUUGACCAAAUACAUUGAACCUUUAAAGAGAAUGCUGGCCAAGAUCAGCAAUGAUGGAACAAAUGUGGAGAAGAUGACCAAGAUGAGUAAGCUGUUGGAAAUCCUUUGCAAUCCUACCCAGCGGGUGCCGCUGGAAACUCUCCUGAAGUGUGAAAAAGCCCUUGAGAAGAUGGAUCUGAUUUCCUAUUCUGGUCAGCAGUUUGGGAAAUCUUCGAAUCCACUGCUAGAGGUUAUAAAUACCACACUGCAAAGUCCAGUCGCAAAUCACACGCUUCAUCGUACCUUCCGACCCACUUUGGAACUGCUCUUUGGUACGGAUAUAACAGCUCCAGUGCCCGCAAAGCGACCUAGAGUGGAGGAGAAGUCGACGCCAUUUGAGCAAGAUGUGCCCCAUGUGCUUCAGGGUGAAAUUGCUCGGCUGGAUACAAAAUUUAAGGUGAAACUUGACACCACGUCGCAGAUAAAUACAAAGGCAAUUCGUUUGAUUUGUUGUCUGGAUGACAAACGGUUGCCCAGUGUUCCGCCAGUGAGUGUCAGUGUUCCGGAGGAGUAUCCCUGGCAGGCUCCCGACUGUUCCUUAGCCGAACAAGAGUAUUCGGCAACCCCCUUUCUGCAGACGGUGCAACAAGCCCUUAUCGCUCGCAUGUCCAAGCUGCCCAAGAACUACUCACUCUCACAUCUUUUGGACACCUGGGAAAUGGCCGUCCGUCAGGCAUGUUCUCCCCAAUCAAAACCGAGAGCGGUCUGCGAACUUUCCACUUUGCUGGGAGUUUAAUGUGGUGUUUCUUUAACUAUACAUACAAAUUCUAUUCAAGAUGAUUUCAAGAGAAAGAAGGCAAGUAGGUUUCUUUUAAAGUUCUUAAUGUUUCCCAAAUUGGAAAUAUUGCUUGGGGAUCUAUAUACUUAAAAAACGUAAUAAAUAAAUAAACUGAA